UGCGCAUCGUGUGCGCGAUACAACUUGUAUCUCUUCGUCGACGGUUUAUAUUUGCGAGAAUCCGACCGAGGGGAUCGAGUCUCUGAUGCAUCCCGUGGGAACGCGCGAAAUUCUCGAAAUAAUAUGGAAGAGAUUACUUUCAAUCGUGAUUAGGUGUUAAUUCAACAUGGUGUAAAUUCAUGCCUACGUCGCGACGCGAUUGAUAUUUACUUUCCAAGUCUGAUAUACGCUGAAAUGAAAUCACCCCCGUGAUAAUACGGCAAAUUCUGCGAAUGGCGAUUAUACGAGACGCGAACAUCGCUCGUGGCGAUGCUUGGGUGACAACAACGACGGAGCUUCCACGCUCCGAUGAGAGGUUGACAUCAGGAUGCGAUGCUAAUUAACGAUCGCGCAGAAAACGAUUCGAGAGGAGGAGGAGGAUCGACGUCUCGUUCGACGCAGUGGAAGAUGCUCGGGCAUUUUGGUAGCAACGAGAGCAUAUUGGGCUAUCUCGCGGUCAAAGAUUCCCAAGAUGUCGAUCUGGACGCGAUCCUCGGUGAAUUGUGUGCCCUGGAGAGACGCUGCGACGGCGAUAUCGCCUCCACUCCUGCGCCAGAUACACAAAGAUCAGGACGACCCAGCAGCACGAGGAUCAAUCCGGGUGACAGCACUGACAUCAAAAAUGAAGGAGGUAUACGCACUGAUAGUCCCGACAACGACAGCGCGUUCUCAGACACGGUAUCUAUGUUAUCCAGCGAAAGUUCGGCAAGCAGUAGCGGUUCCGGACACAAACCACCUCAGACCGCAAUACACACAACUCCUCAACAGCAGCCGCAUCAACUUGUCGAUGCAGCGAGCAGAGCGAAGGCGGAGAAGAUCCGCCUGGCGCUGGAGAAGAUGCGCGAGGCGAGCGUGCAGAAGCUCUUCAUCAAAGCGUUCACGUUGGACGGAAGCGGUAAGAGCCUCUUGGUCGAUGAAGGAAUGAGCGUCGCGCACGUGUGUAGGUUGCUCGCGGACAAGAACCACGUGCCGAUGGAUCCAAAAUGGGCCGUAGUCGAGCAUCUGCCCGAUCUUUUCAUGGAGAGAGUUUACGAGGACCACGAGUUAUUGGUGGAGAAUCUUCUGCUGUGGACUAGGGAUUCCAAGAACAAAUUGCUCUUCGUCGAGAGACCGGAUAAGACGCAGCUAUUUCUCACGCCCGAGCGGUUCCUUCUCGGUCCCUCGGAUCGCGGUGGCGGCGAAUACGACGAUCAUUCGAGAAAUAUUUUAUUGGAGGAGUUCUUCUCGAGCAGCAACGUCGGCGUGCCCGAGGUCGAGGGUCCGCUGUACUUGAAGUCGGAUAGUAAGAAGGGCUGGAAGAGGUAUCACUUCAUUCUACGAGCCUCCGGUCUCUAUUACUGGCCAAAGGAGAAGGCGCGCACCGCUCGGGAUCUCGUUUGUCUGGCGACGUUCGACGUUAAUCAAGUUUAUUACGGCGUCGGUUGGCGAAAGAAAUACAAAGCGCCUACGGAUUUCUGCUUUGCCGUAAAACACCCGCGACUGCAGCAACCAAAAUCCACCAAGUACAUCAAAUUCCUUUGCGCGGAGGACAACGCCUCUUUGGAGCGAUGGAUGGUCGGCAUCCGCGUGGCCAAAUAUGGCAGGCAGCUGAUGGAGAACUAUCGGGCGCUGGUGGACGAAUUGGCGCAAGAGGAUCUGGACUUAUUAGCACAUGCCAGAUCGUGCUCCGUCAGCUCCAUCGCUACGCCGCCGAAUCAAACUCAGUACAACACAACGAACGAUAACGCGAGGCAGUUUGCAGAGAAUGUAAGACAACACAGUAAUGAAACUACAGUCGUCACCACGACGAGGCAGUACGACAGCAGCCAAAGGCAGAGUUACAACAAUCCGGAACAACGGCAGAGUUAUAACAAUGACGGCAGGUUGAGCAGAGCGAGCAGCUCUAGCUCCAGUGGAUGUUUAUCUGACGGGGCGCCAAGUAGCUGUGAGGUGGCCUUCGAAUGCGGUGAGUUUCCAACUGGCACGAUAAAGCGGAAGCCGUCUAUGAAUCCAAAGCUGCCCCUCACGUCGAUCACAAGGCAGUUGAAGGAAGUCGGCGAGACCGUGCGAGAUGAACCGGAUUCCUGUCCGAGCCCGACGAGCUCGGGAUCCGGUACGUUGACGAGAAGACACAGUCGCCGGCGAAGCGGCACUGAUUCCGACGGAUCCGGGACUUUGAAGAGACAUCAUAGAUCUGGAAAUGCGACGCCCGUCAGUCCGGUACCGCCUGGCACGCCGGUGAGAGAGAGAACGAGCCCUAUGGGAUACAGCAGAUCGGAGAGUCAGGAAUCCAAAACACCAACAAGUCCGAUGCAAGCGUGUAUGAUGGAUUCGAUCACCUCGCUGCCGCCGCCACCAUCGCCGUCGAGAGUUGUUGAGGAAGUCGAGUCCGACAACGAGCCACUUCCGCCCCCGCCACCCGAGAUGUUCCGUUCGAAUCUCUCGCUAGACUCUCUACCGCCGCCGCCGGCGCCCGGCGAGCUUUCGGUUUGUAACACACCGGAACUCACGGGCUCCUCGUUGAGUCUCGUGUCGUUACCGCCACCGCCCAGUCCGCUAGUCGGCGAAACCGGAACGAUACGUCGUGCCAGACCCAAGCAGUCCACCCCUACGAACUCUAUAACCCCCGAAAGCACUCCCACGCACAAUCCCAGGUCGCAAUCCAAUCAAAUGUACGUGAAUGCGAACAGUAUCGCGCUGAACAGCAAUUCGGUCCAAAACAGUCAGAAUUACAACUCGAAUACGGCGUCUCAUAACGCGAACAAUACCGCCAAUUCCGUAUCCUCCCCGCAUAGUUCCUAUCCAGGAUCGACUGCGAGCACGCCGACCUAUACCCCGAGCUCGCCCAACUUUGCAUCGCCACCACCGUUUGUGCCGCCGCCGGCUUAUGGCUCCCAGCAGCAACAUGUCAACUCCCAGAGUCUGCCAAACAGGCAGAACUCAAAAGUCGAAUCGAUGUACGCGAGUCAUCAGCCCAACCACAACACGAUUCAGCCGAUUAGGCCGAAUCCUAACAUGGACACUGUUCGACGCAGCGCUAUGAAGCAGGGAAGCGGCCAUUACGCAGCGCCGCCGUACCUGGCAGAGCUGAAAGCCGCCUCCAGUCCGCAGCCGCAGCGCCGAGUGACCAUUCAGGAACCGCCGACGUCGCCCAAGUCGAAGACCGGCACCGGCAAGAAGAUUUCAUUCAAUCUGCCACCUCAACAGGAAUCCAGUAGUCCCGCUUUGCCGCAACGGAAACCAACGCCACCCAGGAGAUCCGACAGCACUAGGCUCACAUCGCCCAAGAAACUUGCGGCAUCUGACCAGGCUCCGCCGGGCGAUUUCCUGAAGGAUCUCCAGCGGGUAAUGAGGAAGAAGUGGCAGGUCGCGCAAAAAUGUAAGUUGGACUCGACGACGACGCCGCACGAGGUGCUCGGUUUCCGAGAUCCGCCGCCCGCUGUGGCCGACUACAGGGAGACCAAUGUAUCUAACUGGGUGCAGGAGCAUUAUGGCGCGGACAAUCUUUAUGAGAACGUUUACGCGACAGAUCCCCACGCGCCGGUCGAAUACGCGUCCAGUCCAGCACGACAACCGACGGUGAGAUUCGCUGACGAGAAUCGUAGCAUGAACAUUGUUAACGCGAUCGCCGGUAAGAGAAGACCGCCGCCACCGCCGCCCAAACGGGCCGAGACUACGCAUCUCACCACUACCAGAGCGAUGCACUGACAAUAGCAGAUAAUUCAGCCCCAUCCUGAGAGGCGAUGGUACUGUUGUCUCUGCGGCUGGUGGAAGGAGUGAAGCGAUGGACGUCUUCGCGAUUAUUUUAUACGCUCUUCCGAGAUGCCGGGUAUAUAUCGAAUUCAUUCGCUCCGCCUUGCUGUUCGGAGAAUCGUUAACGGAGAAAAGAGGAGGAACGCUUCUCCGAUAAAGAAAAGGUUGUAUAGUUUUGCUGCGUACUUUGUUGCCGGGCUCUAUGCUGAUCAAUUUUAGGAGAAUGAUAAUUUUAAAAAGAGAAGAAAUUGUUCAGAUAUGAAAAUUAAAAAAGAGAAUAUUUAUCAAUCUAAUUCUGGACGACUUUGUUCGCACAUACACAGUACGAGUGUUCUCAAUCAGAAGAAGAUAUUCAAAUGAUCAGUAAUAAGAUUGCGAGAAGUUUGAGAAUGUCUUGACGGAUUACAAAAGGAUGAAUGUCGAUGAACCGUCCUUAUCGGAAGGUCUCCUGAACUUAUACAGCAGAACUGCCGUUCAAAGCUAAAUCGGAAGCCGAGUGAUGUGAAUGCUCUUUCGAGCCAAGCAACGAAUUGAACUCGAGUCCGCGACAGAGAUUCGAACACACAAGGAAUACUGCCACACAUACAGAGGAUGUGAUAUAAAUCGUAAGCCCAUGCGUUCCAGUAAUCCAAGGAUCGCGCAGGGAAAA